AUGGAUGACGCGACCCUCCUCAACAUCUGGUCCCACCUCCUCGGGGUGUUUGCCGCCAUCGUCGCCUCCCUGUAUUCGUACCUGAUUGUCCACCCACGGUACCAGUCCGCCAACACAGCGGACGUGGUUGCCUUCGGUCUCUUCUUUGGCGGGGCCGUCCUGUGUCUCGGUAUGAGCGCCGCCUUCCACGCGCUCUUGAGCCACAGUGAGACGGUAGCCAAAUGGGGAAAUAAGCUUGACUACUCGGGAAUCGUCGCCCUUAUCGUGGGUAGCUACAUGCCUGCUCUUUACUAUGGCUUCUUCUGUGAGCCUGCUCUCAUGGAGUUUUACAUAGUCUUGAUCUGUACCCUUGGUGCUGGAUGCGGUGUGGUGUCGUGGGUAGACAAGUUCCGCACCCCGGCCUGGCGCCCCUACCGCGCAGCCAUGUUCAUAGGCCUGGGCCUCUCUGGCGUCGUCCCCGUCGUCCACUGCGUCUCCAUCUAUGGAUACUCGGUUGUCAUGGAUAGAAUGGCUGUCAACUGGAUCAUCAUCCACGGCGUCAUGUACAUUUUCGGCGCCGUCCUCUACGCCGCCCGCUGGCCCGAGAGGUCUUGGCCCGGGGUAUUCGACAUUUGGGGCAGCUCGCACCAGAUCUUCCACAUAUUCGUCCUGAUGGCUGCCGGCACACACCUAUAUGCCAUGUCACGGGCCUUUGACUACCAUCACACUGUCAUGGCCUCACAGUGUCCAUCGGAGGCGAAUUGA